AUGGAGGUAACUGUUUCGAAUUCUCCAAUGCUACAGGAGUAGGAAAAGGCAUGGCGGCCCACAUGAACAGCAUGGAAAAGCUGUACAAUUUAUCAAGCAAUAACGCCACCAGCUUUCAGAAAAAAACACGCAGCAAACUAGUCUCUAUUCCUGGAACAAGACCGUCUGUUCAAAAUGGGCAGCUUAUUGUUUCAACUGGCGUGACCUCACUCGACUAUGUCAUAGGAGGAGGCCUAGCAGUGGGAACCCUAUUGCUCAUAGAGGAGGAUCAGAGUGACAGCUACUCCCAAAUGCUACUCCGCUACUUCUUGGCUGAAGGAGUGGUGUGUGGGCAUGAACUAUUCCUGGCAUCUGCCCAAGAUCACCCUGAAAACAUCAUGCAGAUGCUUCCAUCUCCUAUUCUGGAUGAUAAUGUCAGCACAGAUCAAGGGGACAGGCCUCCAACGCCACUACACCUUCAUGAUCCAGAUGCUAUGAAAAUAGCCUGGCGCUACCAGAACCUUCCAAAAUUCCAGACCACAUUUGGUUCAUCCUUGUUUGGGCAUUGCUAUGAUCUCUCCAAGCCCAUGGAACAGCAAGUACGUCAGGCUGCCAAGUGCCACACCUUUUACCUUCCAGAAGAAAAAACUGCAGCCAAAGAGUCCAGCCACCUAACAGGACCCUAUGCUGGUUUGCUGCAGUGCAUCCAGGCACUUAUCCAGAAAGAAGGCUUUGAUGGAUCCAGUUCACAGUGUACAGUGCGGAAUGUGUUGCGGGUGUGCCUUCAUUCUCUGGGUUCAGCAUUGUGGGGGGAUGACUUGUGCUGUAGCGAGAGCCCCACCCACUACCAUGCCCUUACCACCUUCUUAUAUGCACUUCGAGCCCUCCUGCGUUCUUCCCUUUCUGUAGCUAUGGUGACUGUCCCCUCUCAUCUUAUACAGAAGAGAGUAAUAAUGGAAAGGAUAACCAAACUGAGUGACACAACUCUCACUCUAGAGUCAUUUCAAGGCUCAGAAAAAGAAACCAACCCACUCUACAAAGAUUACCAUGGGCUUCUUCAUAUUCGCCAGGUGCCACAUUUGAACUGUCUAUUGUGUGCAAUUCCUGACACCAAAGACCUGGCAUUCAAGCUAAAGAGAAAGCAGUUUACCAUUGAGAAGCUGCAUUUGCCUCCAGACCUGUCAGAAUCUGUGAGUCGUGUGAGUAAAGUUGAGCUGCCAGGCUGUGGUCCCACCAGCAAGCAUCUGGAUUUUUAGAACUUUCUCUCUCCACAUUUACAUCCCUACCCAAACCAGACUUUUCCCACUCCUUUGAUAUUCAGAGGUUAGAUCUUUGACAUCCGUCUAUUUGAAGGAGAGCGCAGCGGUCUGUCACAAUGGCACAAAUCCAUUACGUGCACACUAGUACAUCUAGACCAUGGAUUAACCAAUUCAAAAUUGGCCUGUUAUUUUUAUAUAUCAGAGUAAAAAAAAAAAAAAAAACUAAAUAAGAUU